GUGUGGGUGGCUGGGGAACGCUGCGAAUCAACUGUUUGUUCCUGCCAACCUUGCUGGUCCGAUACCAUGGGAGUGACUUGUGUGUCCCAGAUGCCUGUGGCUGAGGGCAAGAGUGUCCAGCAGACCGUGGAGCUCCUCACCCGGAAACUGGAGAUGCUUGGGGCAGAGAAACAAGGAACAUUUUGUGUGGAUUGUGAGACCUACCACACCGCCGCCUCCACUCUUGGCAGCCAAGGUCAGGCUGGGAAGCUGAUGUACGUGAUGCACAACUCAGAGUACCCUUUGAGCUGCUUCGCCCUCUUUGAGAAUGGCCCUUGCCUCAUUGCUGACACCAACUUCGAUGUGCUCAUGGUGAAGCUCAAGGGCUUUUUCCAGAGUGCCAAGGCUAGCAAGAUUGAGACCCGGGGUACCCGUUACCAGUACUGUGACUUCCUAGUGAAGGUGGGCACAGUUACCAUGGGGCCCAGUGCCCGAGGCAUCUCCGUAGAGGUAGAGUAUGGCCCCUGUGUGGUAGCUAGUGACUGCUGGAACCUGCUGCUCGAGUUUCUACAGAGUUUUCUAGGCAGCCACACACCAGGGGCUCCUGCAGUGUUUGGGAACAGACACGAUGCUGUCUACGGCCCGGCAGACACCAUGGCCCAGUACAUGGAACUCUUCAACAAGAUCCGCAAGCAGCAGCAGGUGCCCGUGGCUGGCAUUCGCUAGUGGCUGGCAGCUGCCCAGCUGAGCUCUGCCACCAGGGGGACUACACAGGAGGAGCAGGUGCCGCCCCCCAGAAACCCAGGGCAGACAUGGAAGCUUCCCUCCCUCUUCCCAGCUGUGACUUUUGUUCUGGGGAUUUGGACUCCCCUCCCCUGACCCCUCACACACAGCCCCCCAGCAGCUGCUUCACCCCACGCCUUACUGGACUUGGCCUGUUCUCAAGAAUGGUAAUUAUGAAGAGUGGAGAAGUGUGGAGCUUUCCUGCUUUAGGGGAAAAGGUAGGACAGGGCUGUCCCUGCCUAGUGUUGGUGGGGAAAGCAGUCUGUAUCUCCAGCUGUUGAGGAUUUGGCCAGGGCCCGCAGUGGACAGGCUGGGCCGAGCUGUAAUAAAGGCCUCUUCCUCUACUCCAGGGAUGCGGUUGGGCCUCUCUUGGAGAAGGAGUAGAAGGCAUAACUUAGUGUGAUGGCUAUCAUUUUCUGACCUGUUUGCUGAAGUGAAUUGUGAGUUGACUUUUCUAGGGUGUUGCCUGAGUCCUUGGGAAUCUCCCUCUGACAUCUUUCCAUUCUGUUGUGAAUUAGAUUAAGCCACAGGCUAAGCUGCUAUAACAAAGAGAACCAAAAGUACAGUGGCUUUUAGCA